AAUGAUCCUCUGUGUUGCUUUUCAUCAUUAUAAUGAAAGAAAGAAGAAGACGACGCUCCUCCCGUAGCAUGCUGAAACAUUAGCUUAAAAUGCUUCUGGAUGUAUUCUGACGUUUAUUUUUUGUCCUAUUAUUAAUCAGGUCAUUGGAAAAAAAAUGUUGAGCGUGGACUCUUUGCAAGUAGCAGAAGAGGAAGUGAUCGACUCCAGCUCGAAUAAACUCGGUGACAUUUACACUUUUGUGGCCGAGGGAUGCUUCCCGCAGACGAUGAAUCCCUUAAGGAAGAAGAACCUCAAAAGAUACGCACAGAAAUUCAUCAUCGACGACGGCAAGCUCUAUUAUGUGGGGCCAAAGAAAGAAGAAAAGAGAGAGGUGGUCAUUGAGGCUGACAGGAAGAGGCAGAUUUUUCUCGACUGCCACUUUAAUGACAUCGGACAUCAUUUGGGUCAGAAGAAGACUGUCCAUAGAAUUCAAAGCAAGUACUACUGGCUGGGCAUCAUCAAGGAUGUGGUGGACUGGAUUAAAGUAUGUGAGACAUGUCAGCAUGCAGAGAGGAAUAAAAAUCUGGCGAGGACAGUCCGACCUAUCAAAGUUGAUGCACCAUGGGAUAUAGUUGGAAUUGACAUCAUAGGGCCUUUCCCAGAGACCCAGCAAUGCAACACACAUGCUGCAGUUCUUAUUGAUUACUUUAGUAAAUGGCCCGAGGCGUUUCCAGUGCAAAAGACGGAUGCUGUCUCUGUAGCGAGAUGUAUUUCCAAAUGCAUGUCCAGGUUUGGUGCCCCUAAAACAGUUGUGUGCACACAGAGCGCAGACUUCUGUGAUGAGUGUGUUGUGGAUUCUUUUUGGCAGGUUACAAAUCUGCUGAGCAACAGAUGGGGCAUCGUGCAGAAAGUCUCUCCUCUGGCCCAACCCCAGCUUAACCCGUUACACGACUGCACCAGUCCGUUGCUGAAAGAGGCCAUUAGGCAGAUGGUGACGGAAAAGCAGGCAGACUGGGAUGACUUCCUGGACCCUCUGCUGUUUCUCUUUAGAACAUCCAUAAACCCCACAACUAAGUUCACUCCUUAUUCUCUCAUGUUUAACCGGAAAGCUAACACUAUAAACCAGGCUACAUUUGGUCCACUUGGAUAUGAUGAUGAGCAGGAUGUGUAUUCUGUCAAAGAGAAGGCUUCUACAUACAUGACUAUAAUGCAGGAACAGCAGAACACUGUUAAGCAACUGGUGAUAGCCAACAUGAAAGCAGCCUAUAAACAGGAGAAGAGUGUAAAAAGAAAGGCACACAGCAACCCCUCAAUGACUUUGAAAACAUCUGAGCCACUGUUUUGUGCUGGAGAUCCCCAUUCCUCGAAAAAACUGAAAGAAGAGGGUUUAUAUUUGUCUUUCCCUGUGGAGACGGUGCUGACUACAGAGCAAAGCAGCUCUGAAGUUAUAAAAACUGAAUUGACCUAUCACUUUGCUGAAUCUGAUGUACAUUGAGGAUUUAGGACUCUCUGGAAUGUCCACCUCACAAGGAGGAGACCUCAUUUCAGCUUUUUAAGGUUAUGGAUGGAAAAGGGUAUCUAGAUUGUGUUAAAUUGAACAGUUCGGUUUACCACUCACGAAGAAGUGGCUCUAAUAAUGAUCAAGCUUAAUUGUGCUUCUUCGCCUGGAAACCAGAUCAAAUACAGUAUUUCCCCAGAAAAUAUUAAAUUAUUUCAGUCCACUUUUGUCUUUGGUAGUAUUUUGUUGUUAAAGGAACCAGUUAUUGGUGAGAACUUUAGCACUUAUUCCAUAGUUCUGCACUUUAAAAAUUAUGUUUGCAAGCCCCCUCUCCCUCUCCCCCAAAAUGGAUUUAGUAGUAAUUUUAGGCUCAUUUUUCUGAUGAAAUAUUUGAUUUUCAGCCACAUUUUGGACACGUCAGCCUGUCAAGCCUGAUGUAACGAGCAGUGGUGUAAUUUUUGCCGAUAUUGUAAGUCUGGAUGUUUUAUUUUUUUGACGAUAAUGAGUGAAAAUAGUGAUAGUUAAACAUGUUAGAAGGAUUGUUGUUUGAAAAAAAAACAACAGUUGAAAUGCCUGCUUGCGGAAAGAAGACAGCCAGGUCCUCCCACAUGAAGUAAUUCUUGCAGAUUAAUAUCCGUAUAUGUCAGAUACAUUUUGUAUUUAUAGCACCACAAAUGUCUCUUAAGAUGUUUCAAAAGAGUUCCUAUGGCUUACAAAGGUGUUUCCAUAGGUUGCAUUGAGUGACAGACUUUGGCUGGCUGUCAUGAUAGGCUCUGAUGGCCAAAAGCGUUACGUCGCGUAAUGUCCCAAAACUGACCGAUCUUCACUAAAAGAUAUGUGAACAUCCCUAUUUAUGCCCAAUUACACCUCUGAAACUAUCAGAGCAAUCUGUCUGGUAUUUAUGAUUUUAUGGACCAAAGCAUAAUCCUGCUUAUAGACGAUCAUUUGAGAAAAAGGAACACGCGUAGCAUCCAUAAAAUCCCAAAUAUUGGGCCCAUCGUUGUAAUAUUUUUUUUGGAGGUUGAAUGUGCCAUGAGUAAAGAUGUCCUUGUAAAUUUUGGUGAUGAUUGGUGACAGUUUUGGGACAUUAAGCCACGUGCAUGAGGUUUGUAAGAAUGUGGCACUCGCCCGCUGUGUUUGUAUCAUUUUUUAUCAAUGACACCCUAAUAAAUCAGCAAUUUUUUUCAGCAUA